AUUCCUGAAGUUGAACCGGACUGCAGCUGGAAGAAUCGGUUUUUGUAGAUGAAUGGGUUCAUUUUAAAGAUGUGUCAAAAAUAAUCAAAAUAUGAACUCGUUUUUAACAAAUAUUACUCAGUGACAGUGUCACUGUUUGCCGCAAACUUGUGAUUUGAAGACAACCACACUGUUGUGGACCUCAGGUGAGGACAAGAAGACAGCUAAAGAGAAAGCGURGAGGCCGGACAGCUGGGGAUGUCUCGCAGACUGUUGCUGCUCUUGUUCUGUCUGGAGGUGUUCAGACACGAUGACCCGUCCGGGGCUAAGGUUGGACCUGAACCGAGUGCAGCCAAAAGUCUAAUAUGGGGACCAGGACUGGAGACGAACAUUGUCCUCCCGGCUCGGUUCUUCUACAUACAGGCUGUGGACAGCUCUGGUAAAAAUUUAACAGCAUCACCUGGUGAGACGGCCUUUGAAGUGAAGAUUGUGUCUCCAGCAGAGCAGUUCACCAGGAUCUGGAUUCAGGUCCUGGAUCGUGGGGACGGGUCGUUCCUAGUUCGCUACAGAAUGUACGCCACCUACACCAACCUCCACAUCCACAUURUGCUGAAGGGCGAGCCCGUUGCAAAGUCACCGUACAUCCUUAAAGGCCAUGUCUACCACGAGGGAUGUGACUGUCCUCAGCUGAGUGGUUCUGUAUGGGAGGUGGACAUGCGCUGUCCUCAGUCCUUCGCUCAGAUAAACAGGGACCUGUCUCCUUUCGUGAGCGUCGACCCAGAUCGUAACGCCCAGGAGAUACCGAAGCGCUUUGGAGAGCGACAAAGCCUCUGCCACUACACCAUCAAAGACAACAUGGUCUAUGUGAAAACAUUUGGAGAGCACGUCGGUUUCAGGAUCUUCAUGGAUGCCAUCCUUCUGUCUCUAACGAGGAAGGUGAAGCUCCCUGACGUCGAGUUCUUCGUAAAUUUGGGCGACUGGCCGCUGGAGAAGAGAAAACCCACAGAGAAGCUCCAUCCGAUCUUUUCUUGGUGRGGCUCAAACAACACCAGAGACAUCGUCAUGCCCACCUACGACCUGACCGAGUCGGUCCUCGAGACCAUGGGGAGAGUAAGUCUGGACAUGAUGUCUGUUCAGGCCAACACAGGGCCGCCGUGGUCGGAGAAGAACACCACGGCCUUCUGGAGGGGCCGGGACAGUCGUCACGAGCGUUUGGAGCUGGUCAAGCUCUCGAGGGCCCGUCCUGACGUGAUCGAUGCUGCUUUUACCAACUUCUUCUUCUUCAAACAUGACGAGAGCCUCUACGGGCCGCUGGUCAAACACGUCUCUUUCUUUGACUUCUUUAAGUACAAGUACCAAAUCAACAUUGACGGCACUGUAGCAGCGUAUCGUUUGCCUUACCUGUUGGCUGGAGACAGCGUCGUCUUGAAGCAGGAUUCUGGCUACUACGAGCAUUUUUACCACGAGCUGCGGCCGUGGGAGCAUUACAUCCCAAUACAAGCAGACCUGGGAGACCUGCUAGAAAAAAUCCAAUGGGCUCGUGAGCACGAUGAAGAGGCAAAGAAAAUCGCACUCGCCGGUCAGCAGUUCACCCGCAGUCAGCUUAUGGGAGACAGUAUAUUUUGUUACUACUACAAACUCUUUAAGGAGUAUGCCAAACUCCAGAUCACAGAGCCUAAGGUUCGGAAGGGCAUGGAGCCUGUGGAGCAACCCACUGAUGAACUAUUCCCAUGUUCCUGUCAGAGGAACACGGUGAAAGAUGAACUUUGACCACUUCAGAUCUUCAUUAUCACCAAAUAUUUUUUUACAAGUUGUGAAAUGAUGCUGUGAUUAUAUUAAGAUUUCCUGUUUUUAAAUAAAGUUUUUUU